AUGUCAAACGAGGAAUGGGCCAUUGGCCAGCCAAUGCCAACACCAAGCGAUCCGUGCAAGAACGUGUUCGAAGAAAGCGAAUACGAAAUGAUCCUCGGUCAUGCCAACCGCGUCUAUGGAAAGGGCACUAAGAGUGACCCCCUAGUGCUCUGGAUGAACCUUCCGGAGCAGAUCGAUCGUGAUAUGAUCUGGUCCCACAACAACUUCGCCAGAGCGGCAGCCAAGUCCGUCGGCCUCACUCACGCCUGGAUAAUCAAGGAGCGCCACUCCAAGACCGCCGCCCGCGGCGAAGACGGCGAGAAGCUCUACGGCCCCGCUGGUCGGGUUAUGAAAGAGGACGACAUGCACAUCACCGUGCGCCUCGGCAGCGGCAUCUACGACUGCAACUUGUCGGCCCACAUAUACGUGGACCUGGACGCCGCCGGCAACCCCGUCGAGUUCAUGAAAGAACCCUCCCGCCGGCACUCACGUAGCAGCAGCAGCAGCAGCUCGCGCGGCCCCAUCACCUUCUGGCCGUGGCGCAUCGCGCGCACGCGCCAGACCCCCAAGACGGGCGUCAGCCUCGGCGCGCAGUGGGAGAGCUACGCGAACACCGGCCCCUACCUCGACACGUACCGGCCCGAGGGCAGCGGCGCAAGGCGCCACCUCAGCCCCAAGUGCCGCUUCGCGAGACCGGACACGGGCGAGGAGGCCAAGGAGCUGGAGGCUAUGAAGAUGAGGGUUGAUGGGCUGUGGGCGGAGUAUAAGAAGAGCGUUGAUGAGAUGAAGGAGGCGGGCGGGGAGCCGUCGCGAGAGGAGAAGGGUCGCUUGUUGUUGAUGGCGGAGAAGAUUGGGACGUUGGAGAGAGAGAUUGACUCGUUCCGGGAGGUGCAGUGA